UGCCUGCUGCCAGGGCACUGCUGCCAGGGCACUGCUGCCACACAGCCACUAAUGGAUGGGACUGCACCACGCAUCCAGAUUGUCCCUACAGACUCAGGCCUCUCCCUGCCCCAGAGGAUCCAGAUUGUCACAGACCAGCAGACGGGCCAGAAGAUUCAGAUUGUUACAGCACUUGAUCAGAGCUCAGCAGGCAAGCAGCAGUUCAUCCUAACCAAUCAUGAAGGCUCUACCCCAAGCAAGGUGAUCCUUGCCAGACAAGAUUCCACUCCAGGAAAAGUUAUCCUAGCAACUCCAGAUGCUGCAGGUGUCAACCAACUGUUUUUUGCAUCCCCUGAUAUAUCUGCACAACAGAUCCAGAUUUUAACAGACAACUCCCCCAGUGAGCAGGGCCUCAGCAAAGUGUUUGAUCUGUGUGUGGUGUGUGGAGACAAGGCCUCAGGCCGCCACUACGGAGCAGUCACCUGUGAGGGCUGCAAGGGAUUCUUCAAGAGGAGCAUCAGGAAGAAUUUGAUCUACUCCUGCCGGGGCACCAAGGACUGUGUGAUCAACAAGCACCACCGCAACCGCUGCCAGUACUGCCGGCUGCAGCGAUGCAUCGCCUUCGGCAUGAAGCAGGACUCUGUGCAGUGUGAGAGGAAACCUAUUGAAGUGUCAAGAGAGAAAUCUUCCAACUGUGCAGCGUCCACGGAGAAGAUUUACAUCCGCAAGGACCUGCGGAGCCCUCUGGCUGCAACCCCGACCUUUGUCACAGACAAUGAGGCAGCAAGAUCUACAGGCCUGCUGGAGUCAGGGAUGUUCGUCAACAUCCAUCAGUCUGCCGUGAAAAACGAGCCUGCAGUGCUGAUGGCUCCUGAUAAGGCUGAAGCAUGUCAGGGGGACUUAAGUACCCUGGCAAACGUGGUGACCUCCCUGGCAAACCUCAGCAAAUGCAAAGACCUCUCCCAAAGCACUACAGAGCUGUCUAUGAUUGACAGCUUGAGUAAUGGAGAUGCAUCAUUGCCUGAACUGCAGCAGGAAGAACAAGCUGGCAGCGAUGUUACAAGAGCCUUUGAUACUCUUGCCAAAGCACUGAACCCUGGAGAGAGCCCAGCCUGCCACAGCUCUGAGAGUGCUGAAGCUGGUGCCCAGCUGCUGGGGGCAGAAACGAGCCUGAGCGUCGUGGAGAUGGAGGGACCCCUGCUCAGCGAUGCACACGUGGCAUUCAGGCUCACCAUGCCCUCUCCCAUGCCUGAGUAUCUCAAUGUUCACUACAUCUGUGAGACAGCCUCCAGGCUGCUGUUCCUGUCCAUGCACUGGGCACGCUCCAUUCCGUCCUUCCAAGCCUUAGGGCAGGACAACAGCAUCCUGUUGGUGAAAGCCUGCUGGAAUGAGCUGUUCACACUUGGUCUUGCACAGUGCUCACAAGUGAUAAAUGUAGCAACGAUACUGGCAGCCUUUGUUAACCACCUGCAUGGCAGCUUGCAGCAAGACAAUCUGCCCACAGAAAGAGGGAAGGUGGUGAUGGAGCACAUCUUCAAGCUGCAGGAGUUCUGCAACAGCAUGGUGAAGCUCUGCCUGGAUGGCUAUGAGUAUGCCUACCUGAAAGCCAUCGUCCUCUUCAGCCCUGAUCACCCAGGACUCGAAAACGUGGUCCAGAUUGAGAAGUUUCAGGAGAAGGCCUACAUGGAGUUCCAAGACUAUGUCACUAAAGUUUAUCCAGAUGACACUUACAGGCUGUCCCGGCUGCUGCUGCGCCUGCCUGCCCUCAGGCUGAUGAGCGCUGCCCUGACCGAGGAGCUGUUCUUCGCGGGGCUGAUCGGCAACGUGCAGAUCGACAGCAUCAUCCCCUACAUCCUGCGCAUGGAGACCGCCGACUACAACUCCCAGAUCCUGGGGCACGCCCUAUAGGAGCAGCCUCCUGGGGACGGAAGGGCAGAGCCUGUCUCCAGGAGGUGGCAAUAAGCCUUCCCCUGCACCUUUCC